UUAAACCACUUUGAGGUAUGAUUGACAUUCAAUCUGUACAUAUUUAAUGUACACAAUUUGAUGAGUUUACAGAUAAGUGUACACCCAUGAAACCAUCACCACAGUUAAGGCCAUAAACUUAUCCAUUGCCUCCAAAAAUUCCCCUCCCCCCACCUUUAUAACUUUUUUCUUUUGAGGUAGGAGCAUUUAACAUAAGAUCUAUCCUCUUAGCAAAUUUUUAGGUAUACAAUACAGUAUUGUUAAACACAGGUAUGAUGCUGCACAGUAGAUCUCCAGAAGUUUCUCAUCUUCCAUAUCUGAAACUUUGAAUCCUUUGACCAACCUCCCAAUUUCCCCCUCCUCCCAGCCCCUGGUAACCACCAUACUACUCUUUAAUUCUAUGAAUUUGACUAUUUUGGAUUCCUCAUAAGAGUGAGAUCAUUGCGAUAUUUGUCCUUCUUUGUCCAGCUUAUUUCACUUAGCAUAAUGUCCUUCAGGUCCAUUUAUGUUGUCACAAAUGGUGGGAUUUUCUUUCUCAUGGCUGAAUAAUAUUUCAUUGUAUAUAUAUACCACAUUUUCUUUAUCCAUUCACCCACUGAUGGAUACUUGGGCUGUUUCCAUCUCUUGGUUAUUGUGACUAAUGCUGCAAUGAAAUGGGAAUGUAGACAUCUCUUUGAUACCCUGCACUAAGAUAACAUCAUCUGCAAACAGAGAUACAUUUAUUUCCUCAUUUCUGAUGUGGAUGCCUUUUAUUUCUUUUUCUUGCCUAAUUGCUCUGGCUGGACUUCCAGUACUGUGUUGAAUAGGAGAGGCAAGACUGGGCAUCCUUGCCCUGUUCCAGAACUUAGAGGGAAAGCUUUCAGCUUUUCACCAUUGAGUAUGGUGUUAGCUGUGGGCUUUUCUAAAUGGCCUUUAUUGUGUUGAGGUAAGUUCCUUCUAUACCUAAUUUGUUGAGAGUUUUUAUCAUAAAACGGUGUUGAAUUUUGUCAAAUGCUUUUUAUGCAUCUGUUGAGAUGAUUAUGUGAUUUUUAUCCUUCAUUCUGUUAAUGUAGUGAAUCACAGUGAUUGGUUUUCAUAUGUUGAACCAUCCUUGCAUCCCAGGGAUAAAUCCUACUUGGUCAUGGUUUAUGAUUCUUUUAAUGUGCUGUUGAAUUUGAUGUGUUAGUCUUUUGUUGAGGAUUUCUGCAUCUGUGUUUAUCAGGGAUAUUGGCCUGAGGUUUCUUGUGGUGUCUUGGUCUGGUUUUGGUAUCAGGGUGAUGCUGGCCUCAUAGAAUGAGUUUGGAAGGAUUCCCUCUUCUGUUUUUUGGAAGAGUUUAAGAAAGAUUGGUACUAAUUCUUCUUUGAAUUUUUGGUAGAAUUCACUCAUAAAGUUCCUGGGCUUUUCUUUGUUGACAGUUUGACAGUUUUUUGGUUACUUCUUCAUUCUCUUAUUUGUUACUGGUCUGCUCAGGCUUUCUAUUCUUGAUUCAGUAUUAGUAGGUUGUAUUUUUUUUUUUAGAAAUGUAUCCAUUUCUUCUAGGUUGUCCAAUUUGUUGGUAUAUAAUUGUUUAUCAUAGUCCUUAUGAUCCUUUUUAUUUCUGUGGCAUGAGUUGUAAUGACUCCUCUUUCAUUUCUGAUUUUAUAUAUUCCAGUCUUCUCUUUUUUUCCCCUUAGUCUAGCUAAGGGUUUCUCAAUUUUAUCUUUUCAAAAAACCCUGCUGAUUUGGGCUUAGUUUGUUCUUUUUCUAAAGGUGCAAAGUUAGGUUGUUUAUUUGGUAUCUUAUUUUUAAAAGUAGGUGUUUAUUGCUAUAAACUUGCCUCUUAGUACUGCUUUUGCUACGUCUCCUAAGUUUUGGUUUGGUAUGUUUUCAUUUUCAUUUGUCUUGAGAUAUUUUCUAAUUUCCUUUUUGAUUUCUUCUUUGACCCAAUGGUGUUUAAGAGUGUGGUUAUUUAAUUUCCAUGUAUUUAAAAUUUCCCCCAUUUUUAUUACUAUUAUUGAUUUCUAGCUUUGUGAAUAAUUUCAGUCUUCUUAAAUUUGUUAAGAUUUGCUUUUAUGUCCUAACAUAUGAUCUAUCCUGGAGAAUGUUCUGUGUGCUCUUGAGAAGAAUGAGUAUUAUGCUGCUGUUGGGUAGAAUGUUCUGUAUAUAUCUUCUAGGGCUAUUUGGUCUAUAGUGUUGUUCAGUUCUGCUCUUUCCAUGUUGGAUUUCUGUUUGGAUAAGAAUGGAGUAUUUAAGUCUGCUACUAUUAUUGUAUUGCUGUCUAUUUCUCUCUUCUGAUUUGUCCAUGUUUCUUCACAUAUUUAGGUGCUUUGAUGGUCUGUGCAUAUAUAAUUGUUACAUCUUCCUGUUGAAUGGAACCUUUUAUAAUUAUAUGACUUUCUUUGUCUCUUGUGAUAGUUUUUGACUUAAAGUCUAUUUUGUGUGAUGUAAGUAUAGCCAGACCUGCUUUCUUUUGAUUACCAUCUGCAUGGACUAUCUUUCUCCAUCCCUUCACCCAAUAUGUGCCCUUAUAUCUAAAGUGAGUCUCUUGUGGACAGAAAAUUGUUGGGUCUUGCUUUUUUAUCCAUUUGGCCACAGUAUGUGUUUUAAUUUGAGGAGUUUAGUUCACUUAUAUUUAAAGUAAUUAUUGAUAGGUAAGGACUUACUAUUGCCAUUUUGCUAAUUGUUUUCUGUUUUGUAGUUCUCUUGUUCGUCUCUUCCUCUCUUUGUUGUGGUUUGAGGAUAGUUUUGUUAGUGAUAUACUCUGAUUUUUUUCUCUUUAUUUUUGUGUACCUACUGUAGAUUUUGUUGUGGUUACCAUGAGGCUUGCAUUGAAUAUUUAAUAGUGUUAACAGUCUAUUUUAACCUGAUAACAACUUAACUUCAAUCGCAUACAGAAUCUCUACACUUUACUCCCCCCUCCACUUUGUUAUGACAGAUUUUACUUCCUUUUAUAUUGUUUCCAUUAACAAAUCUGAGAUAAUUAUUCUUAUACUUUUGCCUUUUAACUUCUAAACCAAUAUUUAAAAUGAUUUACACACUAACAUUAUAUAUAUAUAUAUUAUACUCAGUAUAAAUUAAAAUUGUAAUUUUGGUCCUUAAUUCAUUCAGAGAGAGAGAAGAGGAGGGUGAAAGGGAAGGGGAGCCAAGCCCUGUUCUGUGUACGUGGAAUCCUUUCUCUGCUUUCCUGUUGUUGCCACCUUAAUUUUGACCAUAUCACAUGUUGAUGAUUAUAAUUGUACCCGAACUUUAUUUUUAUUAUUAUUAUUUUUUUGGCUGCACCAUGUGACUUGCAGGAUCUUAGUUCCCCAACCCGUGCCCCCUGCAGUGGAAACACGGACUCCUAACCACUGGGCUGCCAGGGAAUUCCCUAUAAUUGUACCCGAAUUUUAUUCAUUCUCUCCCUCCCAGUGAUUCCCACCUCAGUGAUGCAGUGAUCUUCCACAUCAGUUUGUCUUUGGUAGCUCCCCUUCUUAAAUACUGUGAUGGAGUCCCCAUUGCAUGUAUGAAAAACCCUUUGUUUGUCCUAUGAUCUGACCUCUCCCCCUCUCUCUCUCUCUCACUCACACACACACACACACACACACACACACACACACACACACACAUCCCCCUUAUACUCUAUACUGUCAUUCCCGACUGUCAUAUAUUUGCAGUUCCUACCAGAUUUUCCUUGCCUUUGCUCAGGCCAUGCCUCUUGAUAGGAAUAUCCUUCCAACAUCAGAACACAAUUUAUUUUUCAUGAUUCUGCUCACAUGUGACCUCCAAUGAAGCUUAACUUGACAUCAGGAUGUUGAAUUUGACUGCUGUCUUCUUUGUGUCUGUUCUGUACUUAAAUGUACUUCCAUCAUAGCCUUCAGUGUACUGUUACCACACAGCAGUCUCUUACAUUCAUCUCACUCCACCAGACUACAAAUGCCUUAGAACAGAAGCAAUGUGGCAUUGAGCUUUCAACCUCAAGCACCAUGCAGAACACCAGUGACAUACCUGGUCUUCCGUAGAUGCUUGUUCACUGAAUGGAUGGAUGGAUGGAUGAAUGGAUGAACAGAGAUCCAGAAGUGAGAUAUUUUCUAAUGAUCUUUUUUUUUCUCUCCCACAAAAUGUCGUACAAAGUUAGGGGCAUGCUAAGCUUCCUAUAUAACUUAACAUGGGAAAACCUGACCUCCGAAGGUGGUAAGAUCCAUCUCCUCUACACCUUUGCCAUAAUACUCUGUGCUGAGCACUCCAGAUUAAUCAGGAGUGUGCUGUUCCAGGGGUCGUUAUCAUUCAGAGACGUGGCUGUGGGCUUCACCCGUAAGGAGUGGCAGCAGCUGGACCCUACGCAGAGGACCCUGUACCGGGAUGUGAUGCUGGAGAACUACAGCCACCUGGUCUCUGUGGGCUGUCAAGUCACCAAACCAGCUGUGAUCUCCAGGUUGGAGCAGGGGCAAGAACCGUGGAUGAAGGAGGAAGAGAUCCUCAGAUGGAGCUUUCCAGUUUUGCAAGUUGAUACCCAAGUAGAUAGACAACGGGAACACCAAGACAAACUUUUGAAGCAAGUUGCACUCCUAGACAAGAAAAAAUUGACCCCAGAAGGGCACAACGCAUGUAACACAGUUGAAAAAAACACCUGUCCAAACACAAACGUUGUUUCUUCAGGACAACAGGUCCCUAAGUGCGAGUCGUGUGGAGCAGCCUUGCCGGGUAAUGCAGGCAUUACUCCUAACGCGUACCUUGCAAGAAGGAGAUUUGAAUAUGAUGCACAGGGGAACUUAUUUCUCUAUUCUAAGCUGGAAACUCCACAUUCUGGGGCACACCCACGUGAAUGUAACCAAUGUAGAAAUGCUUUAAGCCGUGACCAAGCCCUUAAUGCUGAUCAGAGAACCGACAGUAAUGAGAAACCCCACAAAUGUACCAAAUGUGGGAAAGGCUUCUCCCAUAAAUCAGAACUCAUCACCCAUCAGAGAGUCCACAGGGAUGAGAAGUCCUCUGGAUGCAACGACCAGGGGGAUGGCCUGAGGGAGGAGAAGGUUUGCCUCAGCAAAAAACGUCCGGGAAAUCACACAGACGAGAAACCCGGCGGAAACGGCAAAUGUGGUAAAAAGCUCUCCCCAGAAACAAGCCUCUCCAUACCCGAGGCCAUUCUGGCUGGAGAGAAGCCUUAUAAGUGUUCAGACUGUGAGAAAAUCUUCUCCCACAAGUCACGUCUCAUUGAACACCACAGAUCCCACACAGGAGAGAAACCCUACGGCUGCGAAGAAUGUGGGAAAUCUUUCUCCCGGAAGUCAUGCCUCAUUAUCCACUACAGAAUCCACACAGGAGAGAAGCCCUAUGGCUGCAGCCAGUGUGGGAAAGCCUUCUUCCAGAAGUCACACCUCAUCCUUCACCAGAGGACUCACACCGGAGAGAAACCCUACGAGUGCAGCGAAUGUGGGAAGGCUUUCUCCCAAAACUCCUGCCUCAUCAUACACAAGAGAACCCAUAUGGGCAAGAAGCCCUAUGAAUGCUCUGACUGUGGGAAAACGUUCUCCCAGAAGGCGAACCUCAUCAGACACCACAGAAUUCACACCAGGGAGAAACUGUACGGAUAAAGUGACAGAGAAGGUUUUCAUCAGGAAUUCCCAACACAUCUAGGAAUGAAAACCCUGUGGAUUUUGUGAACGUGGAAAAUCCUUCAGCAAGAAGUCCAAUGCCACUGUGGGCAGACCUUUCUACCAAUUUGGAGAACUAGGAAAUGCUUAUUCUCUUAAAACUAAGGAUAGAAGGCUAAUGAUGCUCUAGAGGGAUCUAUUUUUAUAGGAUAAACUUAACUAUGAAGUGUAUCUGUGUCUACAUUAACUGUGGCUAUUGAGCUCUAAGUGAAUAAUUUAAACCAUUAAGACAACAGAUUGACUAAGCCACAGAACAAUCCCAGGGGUAUGUGGGGACUAUGUUCCUGGAGAUGCUACAUAAACAGAAUUUUAUUUUACUUAUUUUUGAACUGCAUUUGUAGUUGAACAUAAUUGUGAACUUGUAGACACAGAUACCAUAAUAUGUAGGAUGACAUCUAUCAAGAGUUUCCACACUAAAUUACACCCUUUUGUCUUUAAUAUACGUUAUAACUGGGAUUUACUACUCAACCGGAAGUCCGUACACCGUACCACAUACCAUUUGGUUUUUUGUUUGCCGGCAAGUAUUACAGAGCCCCCCUGGAUCUGGAAACCAGCAAUUUCAUGACAUCCCCUGAUCUCUCUCCAUCAACUAGUUUAUAAGUCAUGUUUAAUGAGUAAGGUUGGGACUCCCUUUUCUGGCAGUAUAGUGGACCACCUAAAGUGAAAAACGUUCCACUGUAAACCACUUGAAAUGAUGGACAAUAACAGGUAACAUUCUUUUAAAUGCAUAACUCAGCUUGCAAGAAAAUCAGUGAGGUUUCCAGGUGCCAGUUCCAGAGGGAACUGAAAAGUGUGUGAGUUGAUGCUGUAAGCUGCCCUGUAGGUUUGUUUACCCAGAAGCUUGGGUGUUAAAAGCUAUAGGCAGAAGGCUUGGCACUGAAAUACCUCAUAAAUUGAGAAAUUUCAAAAGCCUGUACAUACAGGGAAAGGAUGGACCAGAGAAAAACCUGCUCAUUUGCUCAGGAAGCUUGCCUGUCUCUCCCUGGGCUCUAGUAGGGAAGGAAUUUACCCUGAUGAUUCACAAGCCGUGACCUGCACCUCUUAUGAGUUAGAAUUGUGAAUUUUCCCUAUUCAUAUCCCGGUUGAAAAACUGAACAAUUAACAUAGAAAUUUGUCCUGGUCUUUGAAACAACUUUACAGAAGCAAACACAAACUAUUCUUGGAGGAAGACACCCUCAACCUGUGUUUCUCAGGGUUCUGACAUACAAACCCAAGAUGAGUUCAUAAUCCAGAAUAAUAAAAUGUGAAGAACGUCAACAGACAUUUUAACAAAAUAAAAACCUCAAGCCUUUUAAGGUGAUAGGAAAAUCUGAAAUUCUAUAAAAAUGACUGUCUUGAAAAAUGAUGAAAAACAAAAAAUCAAAACUGCAUGAAAGCAAAGACACAAAGAAAGAUAACUGGCUUAUUUGGAAAAAGAACCACAUAGGGUGUCUAGAAGUGAAAAAUAUAGUCACUGAAAUUUAAAACUCAAUGUUAAAAUAGUCUACAUGUCAAACAGUAGAUUAUACUCAGCUGAAGAAAAUGGGAACAGGAAGGCAGAGCUAUAAGCCAAUUCACAGAAUUCAGUAUAUAGAGAGGUGGAAAAUGUGAAAGAAUGGGGGAAGAGACAUAAAAAUGAGAAGAGCAGGGACUUCCCUGGCGUCCAGCGGUUAAGACUCCAAGCUUCCACUGCAGGGGGCAUGGGUUCGAUCCCUGGUCAGGGAACUAAGAUCCCGCACGCUGCAAAGCACGGCCCAAAAAAACCCCAGAAAAAAAACAAACAAAAAAAAAGAGAGAGAGAGAAGAGCAAACAGGAGCUCCUGAAAGACAAAAUGAAAAAACGGAAGAAAAGUAAAUAUUCAAAGAUAUAUUGGCUCAGAUUUAACAAAAGAUGUGCAUUAACAUGCAUAUGUGUGUGCAAUAUAUAUGUAUAUAUAUGCAUAUAUAGACAUGCAAUAUAUGCCUAGCUGAAUAACUAAAAAUAAGUUCACAUCUAGAUGUACUCGAUGUAUAUCCAUCCAGAGUUUAGCCCGUCAGAGUUUAGCUAAGCUGCUCUCUAGUAUUGCUGCCUCGUCAUCCAUCGUGUUUGGUCAGAUGGCUGCAGGGACCUUAAGCUGACACUAGCCCCUUGUGCAAGGACAUGCCCUAUAGCAGCCACUCGGCCACAAGCAGAUGUAAGUCCCUGGUGUGACUGCCCCGCAGCCCUUGUGAUCAGUAGCUCACCUGCCUCCCAGUGCCUGUAAGCUUUAUGCGCCCCUUAGCCAGGACCCCCGUGAGCUUACCAAAACCCUGCUCUUUGGGUUUGGAUUGACCGAUCUGGUCCUAACCUAGAAACCCCAGAGCACUCCCCCCGUGGACCCUAAUAAAGGGAUGUGUGCCAAGUCCAGUCCCUGUCUGCACUCCGCCUUGACCUCCCCUGGGGCCCCUCCAGGCAUGCUGUGUGCUUGGUCCAGGCCCUGUGAGUAAUAAACUUGCCUGUUUCGACUUCUCCGUGGUCUGUUGCUGAACCCACUCAUCGUCCUGCACCCUGUGCUCCACUUAACAAGUGUUAAUUUCACGAAGUCUUCACAGAUGGGAACAGGAUGGUAGAGUCUUGCAAUUGGCUGGUGGAGAAAGGCCUUUGGCUGGCCAACGGGCUGUGGAAGUUGCCACCUUGCGGAGGGUGAACUCCCCCAGUGGGUGUUAGACUUUGGGUAUAUUUCCCCACUCCAGGCACAGACCCAGCUGCCGACUGUUAGGAGACUUGGCCACGGUUUCCGAAAGGUCCUGUCGGGGCAGGUGAGGGCUGAGAUGCACCCUGCCACGAGCACGCAGCCACCACCGACUCACCAAAGCACUGGUUCUAGGCUCCGAGGUCCCAGCUCCGGUGAUCCUGCUGCCUCUGCGCCGGUGGGGGUGAGCCCGAUCCUAGUGAGGCUGAUUGGGACACUCUGAGGGGAAGCAGCCGCCUAUGAGUCCGGCUGCCUGGGAUUCCACUGCAGACCUUUAUGGUAACAUCCCCAAGGCCAAGUCAGUUGUCAGGGUGGCAGGUAAUAGAGUAUUAGAAGCUGAAACUUGAAACUGUAUUGCAUCUUCGAAAGUUGCUGAGUGAGUGAAUCUUGAAAGUUCUCAUCACAAGAAAAUAAAAUUUGGCAAUUACAUGAAGUGAUGUUCACUACAGUCGUCACGGUGAUCAUUUUGCAAUGUACACAAAUCGCAAAUCAUUGUGUUGUACACCUGAAAUCAAUAUGAUGUUAUGUGUCAAUUAUCUCUCAAUAAAUAAAUAAAUUGAAACUUGAAACUUGA